GGUCUUCUGGUGUUUUGAUUUUGUAAAUGGAGAGGCACACCUGCCACAAAGAGCUGCUAUAUUUGUGCACUUGUUUUUGAGAUGGCCAUACGCUCUCGGUGUGUGCAGGCAGUCCAGUGCAGGUAGAGCAAUGGCCUCGGGGCAGCGUAGCCAGAUCGUGACGUGGUGACGGCGGUGUCCGUAGCGAGGGAUGAUGGCUCACUCCCCGGAAGAUAUCCAGAACAAUAACUUCCAGGUGGAGCCUGGACCGCCCGAACUUCCUUCCGCGGUCACUUAUGAUCCGGCCAACGCUAAUGCGCCUCAGUCCAGUUCGACGCUCCUGGCGCAGCUCGUAGCCAGAAACAAUGAUAACCUGAGUGACGAAGCUGCCCUUUCGAGCCUGGGGAGCAUCACGUACAACGACGAGUACUUAGAAGACCCCUUGCCGGAUUUGACGUUCGAGAACUUACGGGUUCCUCUCGACUACGGCGACCCCUCCCUCGGCUACGUGUUCGUAAACCGCCUCGACUCGGAAAGCCGCCUGGACAACGCCGAGGCCCUUCUGCAGCAGCUCCAGGACUUGGGAGUCAGGGUCAACGAGGACUACCUUACUCUAGACCUCGAUCUGACCACCUCGCGGAGCGCCAGUGUGAGCAGCGUUUCCGACACAGCGAGCGUGAGCGACGAGCAAGAGAUGCGGCCCUCGGGCGACGGCGGCGGGGUUCGCCACAGGACCCCCGCGCACGCCCCCUCGGCUCGCCAGAGAUCGCAGCCCAAUUGCGACAGACUGACGCGCUUGUCCGAGGACGGCGAGGAAGAUGUGUUCCUCGAUAUCGAAAAUCUAGACUUGGAGGUGGCCGAGGCCGAGAUUUUGCCAUCGGGAGGCGUCAAGGUCACCUACGAGAACUAUAAGAAGGAGUACCGUUCGCGAAUAAGCCCGCAGCACAACUUCCUGCGAUACCUGGAGUUGGUGCACGACGGAGCGCCCGAGAAGGCCAUGCGCGACCCUGAACCGUCGGACCUCGGGGCCUCGCCCAGAGACCUCGAGGACCGUUACAAGCGCGCCCUGAGUGCAUUACAUCGCAGAUUCUCGGAUAAAUUUCCUGAUAUUAGGGUCCGGAGACUCUCGUCCUUGCCGAGUAAAUACGCUCUCAAAUUACGGAGGUUUUUAGCUGAAGAAGUGACCUACGACUCGGUGACCCCCGACAGUGGCGUCCAUGAGAACUUCAACGCCCUCUCGGCGGAGGAGCAGGAGAAGCAGCGCGAGGAAUGGAAGGCGGAGCUUACCAAGACAGAAGAGGAAAUUCAGACUUUGCGCCAAGUUCUUGGCUCCAAAGUGAAGCAAGCACAGGACCUCAAACGCCGUCUUGGAAUUACUGUGUGGCGAGAGUUUACCGAAGAUUUCAACAAUUCCAUGAAAUCUGUUCGUGAAUCUCAAACCACUCAAUAUGUCCAAAGUUUACCUGUGGUGCAGAAAGCUAAUGAGGUCAUCACUGAGUUCCAUGAGGCUGUUGCAGCUGCCCCACUGUAUAGGAGAUUGUCUGGAGCUUUUGUGGAACUAGGCGAUGCCAUUUAUCAACAACCAGUGUACCAGAAGACAGCCGGCGCCAUGAGUGCCGUGGGAGAGAAGACGUCCUCGCUGUUCGGGGGCAUCGGCGCCAAGUUCGGCCAGCUGAAGGAGACCCCGACGUUCAAGUCCUUCGAGGAACGGGUCGGAGGCGUCUACAGCGCAGCCAGGACUCGUAUGGGAGGCUCAGGCUCCAACUCCACACAGGACUUCGAGGAGGCUCUCAAGGAGGCUGAAGGAGAGAAGGCUGCCCUGGAUGCCGCCAAUGGCGGAACAGUGCCAGCAUCCACCACUCCAGGCACUGAUGUCAGCCAGCCUGCUGCAUCAUAAACCACUUCCCGCUACCAUCACCACCACUAACACCUGCACUUUGCCACCCACUGCACCCCAUCACCACAGAAAAAUAGAUAAUGAUAAGAGUUUUAUGGAUAUAUGAGCCCUAUAGACUACUAUCAGAUAUCAGUAUUCUAUGAUUUGUAGCUUUACUUUUAAAACUCAUUAGUGGGAUGCAUAAUUUCUUUAGGUUCAAGAUGCCAUGAAAAUGUAGAUUACUUUAGGUUACAAUCUUUGGCUAUUACUGUUACUACAACAACAAUUUCUAGGUCAUAAUGAUCUGUAGGUGAAGUUUAGGUCCCCAAUCAGAGCUUUCAGAGUUAAGGGCAUGAUUAAUUUCAGUAUGAUUUCUCGGUCUAGGGCAUAAUUUUCUUCUUAGGGUAUGUAUUACAUGCCCAUUAUUACUUAUGGAAAUAAUGCCACCUUUGGCUGUUUCAGAGAUCAGAUGCAAUAUUUGAACAAUAACAGUUUCACAGACGUAGGUUUCAUAGCUAAACUUUUUUUCCAAACAUAUGUUAAAAUGCUUCCAUUACUGCAUCUGUUUUUAUAAGGAUAGGGGCCAUAAUAAAAGAUAGCCAGAAGUGGAGAGUUGUCUCAGAAAAGGGUGAGUACUGUCAGCUUGUAGUAAGAGCAAUGCAGCGAUAAAGGCAGAAAUGUGUAAUUUAUUUAAAUUUGCCUGAAAGCGAUACAGACUGGCAUUCACAGCUUUAAGAGGACUCCCACAGAUGUCAGAGGUUAUCCACAUUAUGGUGCAUUAACCAAGUGACCAAAGGUGUAGGGUGGCUUAGGUACUAAUUAUUCAUAGGCUGCCUUGUUAAAAUAUAUCACUAAAAUUGUGGAAUAUAGGGAAAAUCAUAUUAAGUUAUUCACAGUUGAUGUUAAUAAGUUUCCUACUCCUUAUGCAGUUGAGUUAACAUUAGAAUACUGUCUGUUGUUACAAGAAUUAUAUGGAUAUUGAUACAAGUGUGGAUGUUACAGGAGAUGUGAGGUUGAAUUUCAUGUUCCAUGUAAUCUCUCUUUGAUUAUUAUUUGAUGGUGUGAAUAAUUUAGUAUAAUGUCUCCAUAGUAUAAGUGUUUGAAUUUUAUAGUGGGAUAGCAUUAUAUUAUAUUCUUUUUGUAUUAUCGUGUGUUUUAACCAUUAUUUGUAUUUAAGUUUUAUAAUCUCAUGAUCUGGAUGUGAUUAGGUGACUGCACUAGAUUUAACAAACAAAUCAGUCAGGAGAUUGAGUGAUCACUCCUUUCAUGGCUUUAGUAAACCUAAUAAAAAUUUCUCAUAUAAUAAGUGUAAAAUUCAAUCAUUUCCUAACAACUGACUACUCAGUAUGCAAACAAAUGAAUGUAUGCUGUAUUAUCCUUCCACUGUAAAUAGAGGAUGUAAAAAGCUGUUCACUGACUUGCAUUCUGAGUAGAUUUAGGAAGUAUCUUUGUGCUGAAUAAGAAACAUACUUUAGGGUUUGCCAUAUGUGAACUAUUCCCAGGGAGUUCAUAUGGAAAAACCUUUAUAGUAAAUCCCCAGGAAUGAGUAGACCCUAUCAGUAUAAUGCUGUGACAUUCCCAUACUAGACUGUAGUCAACACUCCAGGUCUCCACAAAGCUGUGUUAGCAUGAAAUGUUUAAUGUUAUAUAUAAUAUUUAUUUUUUUGAAUACUUAACUUUAAAGUUUAUUUUGUACAGAUGCAUUUUCAAAUUGUAUGUGCAGUGUAACUGGAAAGUAAUUCAGCUAAUAUUAGGUGUAUUUUAUGAUAGUGAGACUGUAAAAAAUCAUAUCAUUAUUCUAUGUAUAGAAAAGUUAUUUAAGAUUUAUUAAAGCUUCUUUUACGUGGGUGUCACCUUUGAAAUAUGGAGUAGAAUUUUGAUUUGGGUUUAUUGUGUAGGCCUGGAGUUUUUACACCUUGUGUUGCUUGUGGAAGUAGGGGAAAUGAGAUGGUUGUUGUUUUUGCUGUUGUACUCCCAGUUAUUUGAAAUGUAGUUGGAAGAAAG